AUGCCGUUACACUUGACUCCCUUUGUCCGCGGGAGAUACAGCACCGCCACGCUGGUGAUGCUCUGCUGGCUGUUCCUCGCUGGAUUUACCUGCAUUGGGCCCCCCCCCACGCCAGGAAGCACUGACUCUCUGUUCGUUCCCAGGGCCCCCCCCACGCCAGGAAGCACUGACUCUCUGUUCGUUCCCAGGGCCCCCCCCACGCCAGGAAGCACUGACUCUCUGUUCGUUCCCAGGGCCCCCCCCACGCCAGGAAGCACUGACUCUCUGUUCGUUCCCAGGGCCCCCCCCACGCCAGGAAGCACUGACUCUCUGUUCGUUCCCAGGGCCCCCCCCACGCCAGGAAGCAGAGAAAUAGACACCUAUUUAGCACUGACUCUCUGUUCGUUCCCAGGGCCCACCCCACGCCAGGAAGCAGAGAAACUGACACCUAUUUAG